CUGAAUUUUUGCUGCAAGCCGACCCAGCCUCACUUACCAAAAAGACAGCCGCAGGUCACUUGCAUUCAUUCAAGCAGCCAGCAGCAGCAAACAGCACCCACUACACAAGAGAGCAAGCGAGCAAGGCGCAUAACGCCACAGCACACAGCACACAGCCACAACACACAGAGCAAUAUGAAGGACUCCUCACCCAGUAGCGUCGCCGUGCUUGCACCCAGCACACCCGCUGGCAACCGCCGCCCACGAGCCCAGAGCAUGCAGCACUUCGGCGACAAAUGCUCAGUACCGCGCGAGUGCUGCAGCUCCGGGUCUUUCGUGAGCAAACUGUACCGAAUGGUCGACACAGAGCCUUCCACGAUCGUCUCGUGGUGUCGAGGCGGCAGCGCAUUCUGCAUUGUAGACCCCAAGAUGAUGGCAGAGCACUGUCUUCCCAAAUACUUCCGCCACCGACGCUUCUCGAGUUUGAUCCGCCAGUUGAACUUCUACAGCUUCUACCGCGUGCAGGAGGGCCAGCUCACGAUCUAUCAACACUCUUUCUUCCGGAAGGGCCGUCCCGACCUACUCGUGCAUAUCAAGCGCCGCGGAGCUGGCAAGGCUAAGGAUCCGUGGUUUGACCCCCUGGCCAACACAAGCAGCAAGGCACCGGAGCAGAACACGCCGUCAGUCGUCAACCUGACGCCCAUGGGCGGCGCACAGACGCCUACGAUGACUCCCACGCCUCUGGGUCUCUCCGCCUGCUACUCACCCAUGGCCAAGCCCGUCCAACUGGACAACAUGUCACCGGCAUUGAAGCCUGCUAUGGUUCAAGCCUGUCCGCCAUCAGUGGAUCUAGGUGGCUCGUACCUGAGCGACGGCCUGAUGAAGAAGGACAUGGACCACACGUACCCAUUACCGUCAGCACUCAACAUGAAGAACGAGUUGCUGUUCGGCGACUUGAUGGACACGAGUCUGUCGCUCCCCAAGACGUCGAGCGGCUUGUCUGCGCCGUUGGACAUCGACAUCCAGGACUUUCUCACGGACGACUGCAACAUCACACCCGAACAGAUCGACGACCGACUGUGCAGUGGCGUCAACCAGAACAAGUGCGCGAUGGUCUCGCGCGACUGUCUCAAGUUUGACGAUCCGCAGAGUCUGGAGCCGUCGCCUGUGCUGACGAACCAGGAGGAUACAGAGUCGGCGAGCUUCGAGGACGAGGUGCUCAUGGAUCUGGCCAAUGUGGAGCCAGGUGCAUGGGAAGUGCCUUUGUCUCCGUUGAACGACGAGGAGGACGUGAUGCCGUGGCUAGACUUGUGCUUCUAGAGAUGCUCCGACCCAUUGAUAGACCAAGAGAAUGUGACGCUGACUAUUUAAUGCCCCAGCGACGCUGCUCAGCCCCAAGUCUGUCCUCCCCCAUCAAGGCCUCCAGGCAAGUUUUCUCUCAUCAUCGUUCCCGUUAUGACUCGAGUCGUAGGAUGUAGGCAGGAAUUAAGUUAGCAAAGUUAUUAAGGCGAGGAUUAGGACAGUAUGUAAAGUAGGGUAGGCAGCAGAGCUAAGGAAACGAAACACGAUGAAAAAAACAAGGAUGUUUUAUUCGACA